AAACGUUAAAAUGAAUCAAUUUUCCGGCGAUGAAGUUCAACAGUGUCGCGGUCUAAGUUUACAAAGUACUCUCAGCUAAACUGCUUAGGAUCGCGUGAAAUUUACAAAUUGACGCCAAAAAAACUGGUCACCUGAUCCGCCGAAGGACUGACCGCAGUAUAAGUUUCGCUGAGAUGUCUACACUUCAUUAAGGGAAUAUAUACAAAUUCUCUUGUGAAGAGCGUUAACUGAUUCACGUCAACAGCAUUCGACACGUAGCUAUUCAACUGCUGAUUAUCCUGACGGACGGAAAGAAGACGGUGAACUUUUAACAGGCAGUGGUAGCAGCUCAUCCCGUUCAAUCUGCGUCGUGGAAUCCACUUAUUUUUGAACCGGCGUUGGGCCGAUUUUAAGUCUUAUUUAUCCGAGAUUUGCAUUUAAGCCUUCAAUUAACAAAUUGCCUUGGAUUCAAAGCCGACAACAGAAGCUCCAACGUUUCUAAAGAGCUCUCAGUUUUGAAAGCAAGUUGGUUGCACAAUGAAAUCUUUUCUCUUCCUUUCACAGAUUAUCAUUGUCUUACUGCUGUUCCAUAUAAAAGUCCUACAGGGCGCUAACAAGCUGGAAGUGGAGUUAGAUCUUCAGUCAGGCCGAGUGAUACCCUCAGUCCAUGCUGCUAAAUCUCAGGUAAGCUUCAUCGUCCAGCCCACUGCUGCUUCCCAACCGGAUCGUUGCGAUGGUCAAGCAGUCGUGCGUCUGGACUUCAACGGACCGUUCAAGAAGGCCAAAAUCGAACUUAUCUAUGGUGAAGAACCUCGUCUUUGGACUGCAACCAUAUCAAAUGUCCCAACAAGCUAUGGCUUCGGUUCGAACUUCAACUACUCAAGCAAUUGCGCAACGGCUGAAAUAUUCAACCACCAAUUUCGAGUCUACAGUAACAAGCUACCUGGCUUUAGGUUUGACUCCCAAAAUGGAAAUUCUUUGAUGGUUACAGAGGACGAAGUUGUGGAAAAUGGAGCCAAUAUGACAAUCGACAUCGCGAAUGAAGCAAUAACCUGGGAAACGCACUAUGUUAAUUCUUCCAGCUACUUCCACAUCAAAAACAAUCGAUACCUUUUUUCACUCUCAGGACAAAAGCCAACGUUCGGUCCACCCUCAGACGGAUAUAUCUAUGCGGGGUUCAACCGAGUUCCCUACGGGAAUUUUCACAAUGGAUCAGGUCUUUGUAGGGUUCGCAUCACAUUCAAGCGGGAUUUGGGCAAAGAUUCACCUUGUGCGACCGGCAAUCAUGAUUGCCAUAAAUUUGCUGAAUGCCACCCAGUCAAGCGUUCAUUAUUCAAAUGCAUCUGUAAGCCGGGUUACCUUGGCGACGGGCGGAAAUGUAAAGAGUUUGAUCCAUGUUCUGCAAACAAUGGAGGCUGUCAGCACCUUUGCCGGCGGAAUUCGAACGGACACGCUUCAUGCAGCUGUAAUGAGGGCUUUCACUUACACCCUAACAAAAGAGAUUGUCUGGCCACAGAGGAAGUCAGAAAGAGAAUAAGGAUCAAGAUGGCGGAAGCCUUGCCCUGCAAAUCGAAGGAUAUCAAAGAUCACAUUGUUAGCAAAUUUCAUACAAAGCUUUUGAGUCUGGAUGCUUGUAAUUUUCCUUGCAAGAUUUACAAGCCGUUUUUGCGUUGCCGUCCAAAGGAUGGGGAUCGUCUUGUGGUGUCCGUAUAUUUUGACAUCGAACUUCAUCAAAAUGUGAUCUCACCUUCGAAAUUUUGUAAUAUCACAUGCGCGCGAUGUCAGAUGGAGGACAGAUUACAAAAACUGAUCGCCGAGCUUCGAGGGCUCACUAAUGGCUACAAAUUAAACGUGACGCUAUAUGACAAGACGUUUACUUUCGCUAGAAAUACUCUGCGAAUUUCAAAAGAGAGGGAAGAGAAGGAGAAAGAAGAAAAAGGGAAGGAAGAGGGUGAUCAGUGCUACAAGACAGCAAGGAAAAAAUUUAAGCGGCAAGCUCGCUGUCAGCCUGGAAAGUACUAUGACAUUUACCUGCGCAAAUGUAUGAACUGCUCAAGAGGAUCCUACCAACCUAACAGAUCAGAGAACUUUUGUUUCCGUUGCCCUGACAACAAGACGACACUAUAUGCAGGAGCUAGCGAUAUCUCACAGUGUAUAGAUACAAUUUGUGGUGGAAAUUUAACAUCGAUGUCAGGUGUAAUCACAUCACCAAACCACCCCGAUCCCUACCCCAAAGGGAUCGAGUGUGUCUGGAACAUACGAUGUCCCGAAGGUCGAGGCUUACUUCUACUUAUACCAAACAUAUCAUUACCGCUGACCAUGGAUUGCUCAGAUCAUCUAAUCAUGCGCAAAAAUGCCAGCCCAUUUUCAAAGACUACCUACUACGCAUGCGAGUCUUAUGAUAACCCUGUGGCUUUUAUCUCGAGAAGCAAGGAUCUCUAUGUCAAGUUUACCUCCAAAAGCACCAACGAAAUGGCCGAAGGGUUUAAGAUUUUCUACGUUACAUUUCAAGAGAAAUACAGAUCUUUGGUGAAGUCUAUUGUUCAAGACGGCAAGUUAUAUGGAAACAGCAGUCUUCGCAAAAUAUUACAGGACGAGAGUCUCAUCACGCAAAUUCUUGACAUCAUGGUUCACCCUCACAAGUUUUUUUAUUUGCCCAAAAACGCAAAGAACAAACUCCCAGAGUUUUAUUCCUUCGUCGAAAAGAAAGUAGAGGCUAAGUUGAAUCUUAAACCUUACAAGUAAAGAAAAUAUAUUUUUUCAGAAGAAUUGUCCAACACGACAUAAGCAAAAGGGACCUUUAUCAGUCAGGAAGGCAGCGCUGAGUAAGACUUUUAGUUAAGAUUUCGCGGUUAAGAUAUGUACAAAGUUUUCAAACGCACGUGCUAAGCUAUUGUUACCCCCUUUAGAUCUAGUGUUUUGCCACGCCCUCGUUGUCUUCGUUGUCGGGAUUUGGACAGAAUGCAAAUGCUGUUUUUAACAGGGUAUGACGCAUUAAUAAGAGUAAUAUUAACGUAACGAUACUAAACGACAAAGUAUGCUUCGAAACUGUCGAUAGUAUUUUAAGUUUUGUAGUACCGUUUAAAUGUCUCUCUAAGUGGUAGACAAAUACUUAGCCUUUGUCAUUUAUGUUACUAUCUAGAUUUGUCGUCGUCAUUGGUAUUGUUUGCGUUAGUAAAUAACAACCAUGCGCAAAUUAAAACUGGAAUCGUAGGAUAUUAUCGAUAAGAGGUUAUAAGAAUCUCAAGACUUAUUUUAUUGGUUUGUAAGUAAAAUGCGACCCGGUGACAUACAAAUAUAUAUACUUAAUAAUUGAUUAAAAAAAAACAACAAUGGUGAUUCGUAAUCAUGACCACGCCCAUGAAGAUAAUAUCGACAUUAAAAUAAGCGAUGUUAUUUCAUAGUCACGGGCGUAAGAGAAAGCACUAAAUAAAUCGGUUAUGGGCCAAUCUCGAAAGUUUUCGUUAAUCUGCAGAGCGCACGCAGUAAGUGAAAUGAUGAACCCUUGAUCAGGGACCGCGCAGCAAGUUUUUGAGUGGGGGGGGGGGAAAGUAUUUUUGCAAAAAUGGUGGGGGGGGGACACUAAAGCCCCCCUAGCCCUCCCUCUGCGCGGUCCCUGUUGAUAAGCAUCUAAUUUCUCCUUACAAUAUUACCCCUGAAUCAAACAUUAUAUCAAGGUCACGAGAAGAGAAUAAAGGAAACGAUCACGAACUCAAGACGCUCCUGAUCAUUAGACAAAUUCUCCUUGUAAGAACCAUAGGAAAUGUGUAGAAAACAGUAUGGAGAAUAUACAUACUGAUAUUAGGGGAGUAAAUGGGCAAAGGAAAAAGAUUCUAUGUUCAAACGUUAGGGAUAAUUUUAUGGCAAGGACUCUAGUGACAUGAAAUUGUUACAGUUCUUGAUAGAAGCUGCUUAUACUGACGUUUGUUGAGUUCAAAUUUAGCCCAAUGACAAUAGAAGGUAGUGACUACGUGAACCCUUUGUAAAAUUAGUCUUUCAAUUCGUCUAUUGCUGAUUUUCAUCCAGUUUAAACUGGUUUAACUGAACGUAUGAUUUUGAUGGUGUGAAUGGUGCAUAAAAAGUCUCCUCCCUUUCCAUUUCUUCGUUUUACUAUUUCAAAUGUAUUGAAUAUGAUAUUUUCAAAAUUAGUUCAAUUGUUAUUAGAGAAAUGAUUGUAACACAUCGAGCAAUUUUUCUCAUACGAGAAAUCAAUGAUUAUCUAUCGCAUGGGGAAGGGUCGUAUAACCCCUUUCCAUUAUAAAACAAAGCUGUUGUCCUAAAGACAAUCUGUUGUUGGCCAUUGUCUUUUUUAUCCAAGAACUGUAUGCAUGUUGUAGGAUAAGGUAGUAUAUGAAA